AUGAAAGAAAUUUCACUUAUAUUAGAGGAGAGAGAAGAUAACGAAGGUGACAUCGCAAAAUUUACAAAGGCAAGUGAAACAUAUUUUGCAUUGCUUGACGGUGUAACACAGCGCUUAGACGAAUUAAAAAUAUUCGAGGAAGAAAUACAGGAUAAAAUAACAGAUAUUAAGAAAACAGAAUCAGCCACAGACACAAAUGCAAGAACAGAUAGUACAGUUUCAACAGUUACAACUCCAAGAAUUACAGAGGAAAAGUCAACCUUCAACAGGAAGUUAAGACAAUUUUUCAAUACUUACAUAACUGCCAGGGACGCUGCAGAAAGUCAGUCGAAGGAAACACAUACUGGUCCCAGUUUUGAAGAAAAACAGCAGUCUAAAAUCCAGUCAAACAACAGUAAUUUUCAACCAAGAAAACAAUUAUCUGCAGAAGCUCUGAUGACAAUAAAGCCAUUUGGAAAAAACUCAGGCAGUGAAAACUCAAUGGUAUGCAGAUAUUGUGAUGGACACCACUGGAGUGAUGAGUGCAGAAAGUUCAGUACAAUUGAAGACAGAAAGCAGAAAAUCAAGGGUAGUUGCUAUACCUGCCUGAAACCAGGACAUGUUAGUAGAGACUGUAAAUUUGAAAAGGCUUGCUAUCAUUGCAAACAGAAAAAGGGACACCAUAGAAGUCUAUGCCCAAAGAAAAUUCCCUAUCAACAUAAAGAAGUUUCACAUCUAGCUGAUGAAAUGUGUGAAAUAGCUUCAAGUGAAGAGAACGUACCAGAGAAUAGCUUGUUGUCCUCCGGAGAUAUAGUUUUGAUGCAGACAGCUCAAACAACUGUGUCAAAUAUAGAAGUUAAUGAAACAGAAGUAGUAAGACUAUUAAUGGACUCCGGAUCUCAGCGAACAUAUAUUACAGAAAAUUUGGCCAAGAGAUUAAACUUGAAGAAGAAGGCUACAGAGGAGAUAACUCUUGUAACAUUUGGUGCAGAUAAGCCAAAAACAUUUAGAAAACAAAAGGUGUCAUUAAAGAUCAAACUAAAAGAUGGAGUUUGUAUGCUUAUUGAUGCUAAUGUUGUUCCUAAGAUAACAGGAUCAAUACUAAGAACACCUUUACAAAUGGAUGUAUGUGAAAAUGUGAAAUACUUAUGUAAUAAUCUGCAACUUGCUGACACACUGCCCAGUUGCUUAGAAAGUUCAACAAUAGAGAUUCUUAUCGGAAAUGAUUAUUAUUUGGAUAUCAUAUUGCCACAGAAAAUAGAAAUUCGAGAAGGGCUUUAUCUACUUGGCUCUAAGCUAGGAUGGAUCCUUACAGGAAGGUCACAAUUAAGUGAUGAAGAAAGAGAGAACAAAAUGACCAAGCCUGUAAAUAGUUUAUUAUCUAUAACAGAAUACUGUCCCUACUCUACAAUUGACACAUGCUUGAAAAUUAAGCCUUUAACAGAAGAUUCCUUGAACUUGGAAAAUAUUGAAACAAAAGAAUUUCAAUAUCCAUCAGACGAUGAAAACACUUUUAAUAACUUUGUCAUCUCACUCAAAAUGGAAAAUGGAAAAAUUCUGUGCAACCCUCCAGCAAAGAUUCGUGUAGUGAUAAUAAAGGACAACCUUGCACAUAAAAGUUGGAAAAUUGGCCGUAAAUGCCAAUUAAUAGUCAGCCGAGAUGGUCAAAUAAGAUCUGGUAAAGUUAUGCUACAUAAUAAGAAGAAUUUAAACAGAGCUCUGAAUAUGCUUUAUCCUAUAGAAUGUGAAGAGUUAGAUGAGGGCUUAAAAAACUCAGAUACGGAAAAGGAUACUGAGUUGAUAAAUGACAAAACUAGAACUACUCCAGAGAGAACACAAAGACAAGCAGCCCGAACAGCAAUGAAAAAGAUACAAGAACAGUUGGAAUCAUGA